GUGGAAAAAUAGAAUUCCUGUUAGCAAAUUAAACGGAUAAAACAAAGACAUUGUUAGGCAUAAUGAAAUAAACCCCAUAGUUAAUUACAAUUGUAUAUUUUGAUAGUGUGGCUGUGCCAGGCACGAAUCCCACCUGUAAAACUGCAUUGGUUACUUGUUCACAUUGCGCAUCUAUUCAAUCUAAUGCACAGUUUCAGUGCAUGGAUUAUACAGCAAUAGUGUGCAUUGUGUACUGAAAUUACUACAAGAGAACAGUUAAUGUGCGCACACUUUGUUUACACCUGGAUUUACGCAUGCGCAGGACGCGUCAUAGCGGCUUGCGUAAACCUAUUCAAAGAUGGUCGUCUACUACAGCAGCAGGCGCUGUCUCGUUACCGUUUUCGUGGGCGCCAAUACUCUCUGCUGGUGCCCAGAAAUGUGGGCAGAGUGAGCGUUCUUUCGUUGGACAAGAGUGAAGACGGCCAAAGUCGCUGAGGGAAAAUGUCUCCGUUUACGAAGUCGCUGACUUUGUCAGGUGUGAUAAUAGCUGCAGCGCGUGCAGCACGGCGUCAGUACUCCUCUCUGACAGCUGAACUGAUUGAAAACAUGGAUAAGAAAGCAACCUGGGACCGCUUCUACACUGAGAGCAGCAGCAGCACAAACACCUUCAAACACUUUGAGUGGUUCUUUGGCUUCGAUGCUGUCCGGGACUUCAUUAUGCCCCUAUUGCAGACCAAGCCCCACCCAGACGGUUUGCUCCAAGUCCUGGAUAUGGGCUGUGGCACUUCUGCUUUAGGGCCCUGUAUUUACAGACACUCUCCUCUCCCGGUCCGGGUCACUUGCGCAGACAUUUCCCCCAUAGCUGUGGGACUAAUGCAGGAACACGUCCAAACCAAAGCCAUUCAACCUCACAAUCUUUCCUCUCGGCUUGAGUUCGUAGAGCUGGACUGCACACAGCUCCACAAGCACUACGGUUGUAGCAGUGCGGACCUUAUAGUUGAUAAGGGCACCACAGAUGCCUUGUUGAGGUCUAAGGAAGGGAAAUGGAAGGCCGAUCUGGUGCUGAAGCAGUGUUUGAAGGUGUUGCGGAGCUCAGGGUCUCUGCUCCAGUUCUCUGAUGAAGACCCUGAUGCCAGGCUGCUGUGGCUGGAGACCGAGGCACAGGAGCCGGGGGUGAUGGCAGCAGAUGUUGGGGUGCAGGAGGUUGGGGAGCUAAGGGGAAUGACUUACUACUGCUACCAAGUGACUCCUCGCUCUAUUGUAUAGCAACUUUCUUCAUCUGGAUGGUGGUAAUAUUAAAUGAGUAAACUACUGAACUGAUUGUAAAAAGUAAUUGAUAAGGUACACAGACAGAGUGUGACUUAUCCACCAAACUGGACCUCCACAGUCCGACAACAAGAGAUUUACUACUUAUAAAAUAACCUGAAGGUAAAGAAUGACCUCUUUACGAAAUUAUAAAAGCUGACAAACCACUUAAACUGUCUGAGAAGUUCGAGGGAGGUCGGAGACUUUCUAGUGGGUUGGUGGUUUUGCCCGUCCUGGCUCUCUGUCCUUCUCUCCAGCCCCUGCUCACUCCCCAGACCUGCCAGUCCUGGUCACAUGACAUCCCCUCCCACCUACACACUUGUUCCCACUUUCCUCAUCAGACCUGUAGUUUCUAGAA